AUGUACAGCAGCCCUCACUGCUCUCCAGACCUGUUGCACCACCGCUGUUUCAGCUUGAUGGACGAACUCAAGGGUUUUCGUAUGUCUGGGGCUCACCAAUGCAAUGACGUGAAUGUUUCUCUUUACAGGUCGGCCAGAACUCCGAAUGUUUGUGCAUCGGGGCAAUUUUAUCCUGUCACCAUGUCGACAAGACACCAUAAAACGCAUUCAGCCACCACUUUAGAUGUACAAAUCUCCUCAAAUUAA